AUGAAAUACAUUAUUUUGCUAGCUCUGUUAUUCAAUUUGAAUCAAUGCAUUAGUUUCUAUGCCAAAGAAGGAGUUGAAAAGUGCUUCUCAGAUGAAGUGCCUAGUCAAACUAUAGUAGUGAUAUAUCAUGAAUUGAUGUCAGAAGGUGUGGCCAAAAAUGAAAAAAGAGACAUCCCAAAAAUGAUCAAAGAUGGAAUCACUCUCAAUGUCUAUGGCCCUGAUGGCAAUAUAGUGAAAACUGCUAAAACUGUGGAAGGAAAGAACAAAUUGUCAUUCACAGCCAAAACAAUGGGCAGAUACAAGUUCUGUGUAAUCAAGUCCAAAUAAUUUUGGAGUGUCAAUGAGUACAAAUACUCCAUUAAAAUACAACAGGGAGUUGAUCACAAUCUCCAAGAUGCUGCAAAUAAGACUCACGUUGAAUCCAUCAAAGACAGAAUUUCAGCCUUGAAAAACAGAACAGAUGAUUUCAUUUCGCUUUAAUAAUUGAAUCGAGAACAAGAAGACAAAUUAACUACUCAAUCGAUCGACAUCAGCAGAAGAGUCACUUAGACUACCAUUUUAUAAAUUGUUGUCCUUCUUGCAUCUGGUGUCUAUUAGAUUUGGAGUCUAAAGAAAUUCUUUAAGUAGAGAUUCUUGAUGUGA